AUGGAAAUUACUGACCUUUCACCUGGCUCAUCCUACUCCUUCCGGGUCUCCGCAGUCAAUCGCUUUGGCACUGGUUUGCCAAGUCAGCCGUCACCGUAUUUCAAGAUCCCUGAUGCAGCACCAUCCAAAGCACCCGAACAGGUAUCGGAAAUGUAUGGCAGCGUGGGAACACUGUCGUUUACCUGGACGGAAUUAAACCCAGAAGACCUGACAGGAAUUAAUACUGGCUAUAAACUCUUCUGGCGGAAAAAGACUGGUAAUGAUGACAGGUGGCAAAAGGACGUCGUGUAUGGACACAUCAACCGCUAUGUGGCUUUGAUAGGGGUGGAAAACUACUUCCUUGAGUACGAGAUCAAGGUUGGAGCCUUCAAUAACCUGGGUGACGGCCCCAACUCUACAGUGUUCACCGUCAUGUCUGCCGAAGACAUACCCCUGGCUACACCUCACAACGUGUGGGGACAAGACUACAACAGCACAGCUAUCCACGUAUUCUGGGAUCCGGUGCAGAACACCAGAGAAGAUAUGAAAGGAAAACUCAGGGGCUUCAGGAUCCUUUGCUGGUACGACGGCGUUCCCAACGAGCUGUACUGGAGUUACCUGUGGUGUGAGAACUGUGUGGAGGCCAUCUUCAUCGGCCUCAAGCCCGACAGCUCCUUUUGGGUCAACGUUCAAGUCUUCAACAGCGCGGGCUUCGGCCCCAAGGGAGAAGACGCCUACAUGACCACCUUCAUAUAUCCCAUUAGGCGCUACCCGGAAUAUGUCAAGGUGGCUUCACAUGGUCCUGACAGCGUGUAUGUUGAGUGGCGGGGCGUGGCUUCAGGUAAACACGAGGAGGAUUUACAAGGGUACAAGGUGAAUGGCAAAUAUUUGUUGCUAACUAUCGCUGAGUAA